UACAUCAGUCAUUACAUCGAAGCACAGCUCAUAACUUGCUUAGUUUACCACCUGAUAAACACGCGCAUCAGGGAGGCAGUCAAGGUCGUAGCCUACGCUGAAAGUACAGCAGCCAGAAGCGACUGUUAGCUAUUAGCUAAUUCAGAUAACCUAUGAGCGCACGUAUGCUCUCUGUGUAGAAACUCAGAUUUACACCGAUGACUCUGUUUUCGUGUUUGACCCGUGAAAUUGACGUGUAAGUGCCUUUAUUGACACCCUUGUGAGGUGUCAUGGAUUGUACCGCUAUCAAAGAGGCGUACAGGUCCGUGAUAACAUUCCACAUGCGCUGUGAAACUUUUAUCCAACCCAUUAUUACAUUUAGGGUAGGCUAAAGAGAAAACAGAAACACCCCUGUGUAAUGCAAUACAGUUCAUCAGCACCACAAACCACAGCCUCCAAAAAGACAGUACUGCUGAAUCAACACCUCUCUAAAAUGAUUUUUAAACAAACUGAAAAUGAUAAACUUCAUGAAGGUGGGAUUUAUUGCGUUAGUCUGCAUUAGUUUUACCCAGGUGUACUUAAUAAACUGGCAGCUAUUAUGGCAUUUCCACGUGUACUGCGACAUGUAUAAUUUUCUCCAGUUAUUGAAGUGAAUACACAUGUUCACCACAGUAACAGUAAAUACCACGUCUUCUCUAACUGAUAGAAACUUCAUUUCACAAAUCUUUACAAGAAACAGGCGUGACUAACAGAGGUACCAAUGCUACUGUUUAACGAAAUGUAGGGAGGACAGCUGUGUUCAAGAGCAAGUAAGUCACUGGUGCGGUGAGGUGCAGGAUGUAAGAAGAAAGUACAUUUCUCUCAGGGUAGCUUUAGUGGUAUGGAUGGGGAAAGUUGUCUCAAUUGUCGUGGGGAUAUGGAAAAAAAAAAUUGAAGUGUGAAGAGCUGAGGCGAACCAACUGAGGAGGAAGUGGUAUGCUUAGGUGUGGGGGGAACAAUAUUCAUCUCAGUGAGCAACAGUGGCAGCAGGCUUGUGUGUUCCAGAAAGCCUUCUCAGCACUGAUCUCUAACAUGAAUGGGCUGACCAUCUCUCUGCUGCUGUGUGCUCCUGUGCUCGCUCAGUGCUUUCCAGUCGCAGCAAGUCAAGGUGGAAACAGCUCUGUGCAGCUUUUUUUCUGCAAGAUUCCAGGGUGUGCUGCUAAUGUGACUUGCGUAUAUUGCAAUGACAAGCUUCUCUUCACACGUCACACUCACAUCACAUCUUGCACAGGCCCUCCAUCCCCCAAUACUGUCUGCCAGCAUGAUGGUCGGGCAUUUGUUUCCACUAAUGCAGAUGAGUGUGAAUUUGAAGGGACAUCCGGUUAUAUUAAGACUGAAAAAUGUACAGACCACAGCAAGAUUUGUGAUUUUAUCAGUGCUAUAACAUCACCACCAGUCACCACAGAGGGUAUGGUAAAGGACCGCGCAAAACAUGGAUUAAUUGUUGGUGGAGUUGGUACUUUACUACUACUAAUAGUAGGCUUGUAUUUCUGUAAAAAGAGAGGAGACCAAGAGCAAAGUCAACAAGCGACUGAUGUGAUUGAACCCCUAAGUGAGAUGCAAAGCCCUGGAGAAACCACUGAGGGAGAUACUCGUGUUCAUCCUGGAUUGAAUGAUGACAUCUCUCCUUCUCAAUGUGACGAUGGAACUUCCGUUUUUGCUUUGAUUUGUUCUGAGUUUGGUAAAUAAACAUGUUAAGCAUGAAA